AUGAACGCCUUUGUUGUGUUAGCUGGUCAUGAAGAAAUCAUUCAAUCAUAUGGCAAUGCCACUCAUUUAUACAUUACUCCAUCACUGAUUGCUAUGACAAUCAUUUGUGAAUUAUUUAGUAGUUAUGUUGAAUAUUAUGAAUUCAACAGUGUCUAUGCAACCCACCUUCAUAGACUUUAUACCAACAAAAAUAAUUUCUCCAGUCCUGCUUCUCUGAGACCAAUUGUAAAAUUUUGGUUUCAACUUCUAGUGAUAAAUCUCUGCCCAAGAGAGAAAGACCUGGAAACGCUUACUUGGUAUGACAAGAAUCUCUUGUUAUUCCACACCUACAACAUGAGAUUUAUUCUUCCUCUUACCAUUUUCAACUUCUUGAAGGAAAUUAUAAAGACUUUUCGAGAGGAAACGAAUUUCCUCAUACCUUAUGGAAGAGUUAUUUCUGAACUUUUAUAUAAGUUAGGGAUAGUUAAUGGUGAUGUUGAAGUUGAGUGGACUGAGAAGUUUGAAUUUGUUGAGUAG